UAGAGAAAUAGAGUUCUUAACCAGUUUAAAAAUUCUGAUAUCAUAAAAGAUAAUUUAAUGUAAAUAAAAAAAUCUUUUACUACGAUAAGUAUUGUGAACGCACUGAUUUAUUCUUUACAUUUUGGUUUCCAUUAUUAUUUGUAGAUUUAAGAUUUAAUCAUGAUUUUAUUUAGAGGAAGCAGUUUAAUUAGCAUCAAAAUGAACCCUGCGAGUAAGUUUUUAAAAACGAUAGCGAUGUCGUAUUCCACAAAAGUUUCCUUGAACGAAGUGGUCAUCGCAUCUGCAGUGAGAACACCGAUCGGAUCCUUCAGAGGCAGCCUGGCCAGUAUGUCGGCUUCAGAACUAGGAGCAGUAGCUGUAAAAGGAGCCAUUGAAAGAGCAGGCAUUCCUAUGGAAGAAAUUAAAGAGGUUUAUAUUGGAAAUGUUUGCUCAGCAAGUUUGGGACAGGCACCAGCUAGACAGGCAGUCAUAUUUGCGGGACUUCCAAAGAGCACUAUUUGCACAACUGUCAAUAAGGUCUGUGCUUCUGGUAUGAAAUCAGUAAUGCUUGCAGCACAAGGUCUUCAAACAGGUGCCCAAGAUGUUAUUCUUGCUGGUGGAAUGGAAUCAAUGUCCAAUGUACCCUUUUAUCUGAAAAGAGGUGAAACUACCUAUGGAGGCAUGCAGCUCGUUGAUGGUAUUGUGUUUGAUGGGCUCACUGAUGUUUAUAACAAAUUCCAUAUGGGAAAUUGUGCUGAAAACACAGCAAAAAAACUAGAUAUUUCAAGACAGCAGCAGGAUGAAUAUGCCAUUAAUAGUUACAAAAGAAGUGCUGCUGCAUAUCAAGCUAAAGCAUUUGCUGAUGAAUUGGUAUCAGUCUCUGUGCCACAAAAAAGAGGUGCUCCACCUCUAAUAUUUGCUGAAGAUGAAGAAUAUAAAAGGGUUAACUUUGAAAAAUUCAAUAAAUUAGCAACAGUGUUCCAAAAAGAAAAUGGAACUGUGACAGCUGGCAAUGCAUCUACACUGAAUGAUGGAGCCGCUGCACUGGUUCUAAUGACUGCACAAGCAGCACAAAGAUUAAAUGUAACACCCAUUGCACGUGUUGUUGGUUUUGCUGAUGGUGAAUGUGAUCCUAUUGACUUUCCUAUUGCACCUGCAGUAGCCAUACCAAAAUUAUUAGAAAAGACUGGUGUGAAAAAAGAUGAUGUAGCUUUAUGGGAAAUCAAUGAAGCUUUCAGUGUAGUAGCAGUAGCCAAUCAAAAGAUCUUAGAAUUAGACCCAUCUAAAGUAAAUGUACAUGGUGGAGCUGUGAGUCUCGGUCAUCCUAUUGGUAUGUCCGGUGCUCGAAUUGUUGUACAUUUAUGUCAUGCACUGAAAAAAGGAGAAAAAGGUGUGGCAUCAAUUUGCAAUGGUGGUGGCGGUGCAUCAUCAAUAAUGAUUGAAAAAUUGUAAGUCAAUAUCAAAAUGUCACAACAUACCAAUUAACAUCUAUUAAAGUUUUAUUAGUGCCUUUCUAAAAUGAUUUGCUAUAAGCCAAUUAAUCAGUAAGCAUAUUGUUUAUAUAGUUCUAUUCAUUGUGAAUUUAUUAUUGUUAUACAUUUUUAGUAUUAUAAUGAAAUGUUGUUUGUAAAGUAAUAUAUGAAAUGUGGUCUGAAUAAAAAUAAAUUGUACAUAUUUUUGGUUGAGAGGAACUUUAUUUUUUUACAGAGAACAAGCAAUAAAUGGACCACCCAUUCUGACCUUCUAUACUAAAGAUCCGUGUCCAUUAUGUGAUAUAGUCAUGGAAGAAUUAGAGCCUUUUAAAAGUCGAGUUAUAGUUAAAAAAGUUGACAUUACAGAAAAAAAUAAUCUUAGAUGGCUUAGACUAUACAGAUAUGAUAUACCAGUCCUAUUUCUUAAUGGGAGGUUCUUAUGCAAACAUCGAUUAGACACACAGCUACUUAAUAACAGAUUGACAAUGAUUGAAAAUGAAAAUUGCUAAAAUUUCAAAUGAAAAAUAUGUUGUAG